GUGGAGGACAGGAAGAAGUCCUCUCAGGUGUUAAGUGUUGGAAGUGUUUUGUCGUAAUUCACCUGGCAGCAGCUCCAUGAGCAGCGGAGUGUGUCGCAGAGUCCUGCAGAGGCUGCAGACAGCCGGUUCCGCUCCUACAGCCUCCCUAGGCAGCUGGAGCCGGAUCCCGUCCUCAUGCUGCAGACUCCGGGCUGGACCUGGGUAUGAAGCCCGCAGAGGACUGUCGGUGCCGGGUAGGAGCACCAUGAACGUGUUCAACAGGGAGAUGAAGAAGAGGCAGAAGAACUGGGCAGCAUCACUGCAGGACGGACACCUGUACGACUACCUGAGGGACGAGGUUGGCAGUCGAGUGGCGGAUCGGGUCUACGACGUCGCCAGGACGUUUCCUCUGGCCCUGGACAUUGGUGGUGGCAAAAGUCACAUCGCAGAGCAUUUAAACAAGGAUGUGGUGCAGCGUUUGUUCCUGACAGACAUCUCAGAGAAAACUCUGAAACAGAGCAGACAGAGUGAGAUCCCGACUAACUGUGUUCUGGCUGACGAGGAGUUUCUGCCGUUUAAAGAAAACACCUUCGACCUGGUGAUGAGCAGCCUGAGUCUGCACUGGAUCAAUGACCUGCCUGGAGCUCUCAAACAGAUCCACCAGGUGCUGAAGCCGGACGGGGUGUUCAUCGGGGCGAUGGUGGGCGGGGAGACCCUGUACGAGCUCCGCUGUUCCCUCCAGCUCGCCGAAACCGAGAGGGAGGGAGGCUUCUCCCCCCACGUCUCCCCCUACACCGCCGUCACCGACCUGGGCAACCUGCUGGGCCAGGCUGGCUUCAGCAUGCUGACUGUGGACAUUGAUGACGUUCAGGUUCACUAUCCAGGAAUCAUUGAACUCAUGACGGAUUUACAAGGUAUGGGUGAGAGUAACUGUGCCUGGAACAGGAGAUCACUGUUGCACAGAGAUACCAUAUUAGCGGCGGCAGCUAUUUAUAAAGAGAUGUAUGGUAACGAGGACGGGUCCAUCCCUGCCACCUUCGAGAUCCUCUACAUGAUUGGUUGGAAGCCUCAUGAGUCACAGGCCAAACCAGCAAAGCGAGGCUCCGCCACAGCGUCGUUUGGAGAUUUGUCAAAGAUCAGCCAGCCAAUCAACACAAACAAGACAUAGAAGCAUCUGAGCCACUUAACAGCUGAAAUACUGCAGAUUGUAAAUAAAACAUUUAUUUAAACAACUACGUUCUGUUGUCGGGUCAAAAGUAGGCGAUCUGUUGUAAUAUCUUUCUCUGUAAUAAAGUUGAGUCAUGAAACAGCCUCGUGAAAACAUUCUGCUUCCUCUGAGGGGAAAUGCUGUUUUAGAAGCUAACAGCCAACGGGAGGAGCUGACUUGAAAAUAGAAACUGACUCUUUUAGCCACCGAGGCGUCGGAAAUAAGUCAGAGAGGACAGUUUGACAUUGAUGCCAGUGGACUCAAAAACAGGCACAACAACGCAGACUCAUCCCAAACUACUGUCUAAACACACAUCUGUUUCACAGCUGCAGUACACAAAGAAAUAGUUCCAGUGGAUGUAGGCAAUAUGAAUUUUAUCAGCUUCAUCUUGGAUUUAUAAUAUUCUCCUAGAUAUAUCCUAUAAAUACUCAAUUCCAUAUUAUAGUGUAGCCUGUGUACUCUAUAGAGUCACCUUCAUGAUCAAAAGUGACAAGCAGCACCAUGUAUUUGCAGCUGAAUGGGAGGACAUACAUCAUAGAGGCACACUGCUGCCGGUUGUAUUCCUAUAAUAUUCCUGUAAUAUCUCUAUGAUCAUUCAGUAGCAACUGUGCUGCUGAAAAUACACCCCCAGAUCAAACCACCCCUUUUAGGGAAGACUAGACUGCAGAUACAGUUUUUGCUUUCGUUAAAAAUGAACAAAUCACCAGCUGGUAAUAUCUAAUGGUCAGACUUACAGUAGAUUUGCAAACAAAGUCACAGUUUCAGGCACAAUGAGUGGAAAAUAAAUGGUGCAACUAGUCCUACCUGUGCAGCAGCAUGCACAGGUAGGACAUGUAAAUGAGCACAUGUAUCAGCAGCAGAUGUCUCUUCAGUGUGGGUUGCAGA